AUUAAUAGUCGGACCAGUCAGUGUUGGUCGCGUCAACGGUGACAGUGAGUGUGAUGAAGUACAAAGUGAAUUAUUAUUUUUAUUAAUCGUAUAAAAAAUAUGGACGAUCCCCUCGCUGUGGUGUUAAUGGAUAAGGAUUAUUACGAGGGCGAACUAUCGCGCGGGUCUUCAUACGUACGAUCGCUGAGCCACGUCGCGAGUAUGAAGCUUCAGCUGGGUGCCGCCAGGUGGCGCAGUUGUUCGCCGUUGCAAUAGACACGGAGCGAACCUACUAAGGGACGAGAGGUGCAGGGACGCCCUAAGCGCCGAGCAGUAUCUUCGAACGCAGUGCGACCGAGAACGCACUGCCAUUCUUAUGGGAUUUAUAAAUCGUCGUCCACACCGAGAAUCUGUACGAUUUACUUAGUUGCAUUGGUUUUGCUGUGCUGGUUUAUUCUAUGAAGUUUUUUGUUGACUUGAUCUCCUGGACGAGCGAUCUGAUGCGAAGAGGUAACAUCAGGGAUGCUGGAUUCUUAGAUGGAGCAUUGCUGAAUUUGAUCUACGACCCGCGUCCAGUAUUGAUUCUUGGCGCUUUGUCUCUUUUCUGGAGUGGAAAAGAGAAACGUAGGUAGUUUGAUCUUUUGGCUAAAGGACGCGACGGAUGAAGGUUGUUGGAGGGAAAAAAAAAAGCUAAGUAAACUCAUCUUUCGUCUCUUCUCCCUGAGCAAAGAAGCUUUUAAUAAGUAAAAGUUUGACGUCCGAUGCUUUACUAAAAGCGCUAAUCAUCCUUGCGUAAUUUUUCAAGAUGACGGCAAACCGAUGAGACCUCUGAUACCUUUCGAGACUGCAAGGAUCUAUCUGCGAAGGAUCGGCCGUGGUAAAGUACCAAAAGUUAAUCGUUCAACGCCCGACGGGAUGCUGGGACGCCAGGACCACGUUUAGGCUGAUGAAGGGACAAAGACAAGACGUUGGAAGAGGCGACAUUGACGGACUAAUAAAAACUCGAGAAGAAGUCCCUGGACAUUGCAGAGCGGCAGGCUGGGUACACGCGGCUGCUGGACAAACAUCGAGCAGAGAGAUAGCCCUGGGAGUAAAGCCGCAAUGCAAACACCUCUGGUUUCCGUUGAACCCACAACGUGAAAAUUCAAGUCCUUGAAGUCGUCCUGUACCGGCAAUCCUUUCGGUCCUUUUGAUACUCGUAGUUGUUUUAAAUUUACGAGCAACGUACGACUAGGAAUUAAUUUUGGAAAAAUGUCUUUGUCUGUCUUUUACGCGUUGUAACAAAAGUCUCAAUCUUAAGGAUCCAAGGAUGUGCAUUGUGUUACUAAUGUUUGGGUACUUUGGAGGAGUGCGACAAUUUCGCAGUAACGUUAAAUUCGACUGGUCGCUUUAGACUGUAAGUUUCACGGGGGAGACAAGGUCAUCCGAGUAGGUUAAUAGACAUUUUUCAUGAGGUAUUAUUUCUGGGGUGUAGAAAAGGAUUGAGAAUUCUAAACCACUCUGCGGAAAAGUUGGGGGAAGAUUGUAAUUAAAAAUACGAAGGAGACGAGGGUAAACGAGUCUAUUUGCAAUUCAAAUGUCCCGGGUCCUCGUGUGACUUUUUGCAGAAUGUCAUCCUAGCGAAAGAACGGGUUUCAGCUGAACGAUGAAGAGGGACGGAACGGACUGAGAAAGAAAGAAGAUGUGAAAAGAGAAGAAUGGAUGGAUUGUAGUGUAGGGAUUGAAGAACAGAGAAUCGGGAUAAAUUAUCAGGCGGUACAAGUCGAGUUAAGGGUUAAUGUUGGCCAAAAAUCCGAAGACUCCUUUUCCAUAGGAAAAAUUGAAGGAACCCAAAGGAUCCCUUCUCGACGUUGUCCUCAGUCGUCGUUUUCCCUAUUACUGUGAUUUUUCUGACCUAAGGCCUUUCAUCUCACCACACGCAUCCGUUCACUUCUACUUGACAAAUCCUUUGCUAUUCUGUCAAGGUGGCCAGAUAAUACGAAGCGAUAUCGAGAAGUCUCCUUUCCUUUUUUUCCAAAGGAUGCUGUGAGAGUUUCAAGAGUGGAUAUAACAUAGUACUAGAAAGGAUCGAGAGUCCGUUGGGAGUUAGUCUGAACGGACUUUCCUAAAAUUCUGUUUUUCUUCAAAACGAUACUUAUCAAACUGAUGCAUUUCGAACGAUCAACAAUCAGCCCAGACCUUCGUCCCUUGAACGGACAAAAGGGAAAAGAGUCCAGCUUAGAUAAAAAAUAUUUUUCGUGUUGUAUCGUUGCUGGUAUAUAGGUUUCAUGAUAUUUAGGCACAUAACGUAUUAUAUAGAAUAUAUUCAUUGGUCUAGGAAAUUCCCAGAAACCCCUGUGAUCCGUCCGCACCUUUUACUUUUCUCCUAAUCCCUGUCAGUGUCGCUGCUGGCAUUGCUGGUAUAGAGUAAGCAACUAACGAGAUAUUGGUAAGCAAAUUAGCCGCGACGACCCUAUAGAGCAAAGCCAGGGAUGCGCUGAUACACGUUUUACUAUAAAUAUAAGCAGAAAUAAACAGGGUCUCGGUUAAGCCGAGCAAUUCAAUUUAGGAGCCACCCCCUAUAUAAGGAGGCCCUGGGGUGUUGUGUGCGUUUAAACUAACCCACAUUCUUAGUUCGCGUACACUGCAGUAGAUAACAAAUUUAUCUGUCGACUUCUAGUAAAAUUUCUACGCAGAUUGUUCCACGCUAUAAUAUAAUUGAAGGAUCCGUAUGUCCGUGUGAUGUUUACUUGGUGGCUGGAUGCGACGGUUUUUCUAGAGCAUUUUUUUUAAAGUCUAUCACGAGGCUCAUCCGGGUGAAGAUGGGUUGCGAGAAAUCUGACAAGGAGGUCGAGGCACCACCGGAGGAUACCAAUGACUACGUUCUACAUCUUCCACGAGCACUAAAUAUCGAGGAGAAGAAAUAUCUUUUGGCCGUGGAACGUGGUGAUCUACCGAAUGUCAGGAGAAUAUUGCAAAUGGCUAAUAAUGCCAACGUGACCGUAAAAUCAGUGGAUGUUAAUUGCAUGGAUAGCUUAGGACGUAGUGCAAUAAUUCUGGCUAUAGAAUCGGAGAAUCUGGAAAUGGUGGAACUCCUUGUAGUUAUGGGAGUGGAGACGAAGGACGCUCUACUUCAUGCUAUCGACCAGGAAUUCGUUGAGGCUGUAGAACUACUUCUGGAGCACGAGGAACUGCUUAGGACCAAUGAAUUAAAUCAGGAGCAACCUCCCGACGCCAAGGAGAUCGUACACAGUUGGCAGAGAGUCGAUGCAGCUUCUUCAAGAUAUCCGCCGGAUAUGACGCCAUUGGUCUUGGCGGCACAGCGUAAUAAUUAUGAAAUUUUGAAAUUGUUACUCGACAGAGGCGCCACCCUCCCAAUGCCUCACGACGUCAAAUGCGGCUGUGAUGAUUGCUUACGCUGUGCAACAGGUGAUCCACUGCGACUUUCCAGUACGAGAAUAUCAGAAUACAAAGCACUGGCUAGUCCUAGUUUGAUCGCUCUGAGUUCUUCGGACCCGUUAAUGACGGCCUUUCAAUUAAGCUGGGAAUUGCGAGAACUAGCAAUUGCUGAACCGGAAAAUCGUGUCGAAUACUUGAGAUUAAGAAGACAGGUCGAGAAGUUCGCUGUCGACUUGCUCCAACAAGCCAGAACCACUGCAGAACUAAAUACCAUUCUAAAUCACGAUCCGCAAGAGGAUGGCGCUGAAAAUCCUAAGCAAUUGGCCAGAUUGGAAUUGGCCAUUCAAUACAAGCAGAAGCGCUUUGUUUCUCAUGCACAUGUGCAGCAACUGCUAGCUGCUAUUUGGUACGACGGUGUUCCUGGAUUUCGUAGGAUGUCCAGCAUUCGACGUGUCGGAAUUAUUCUCAAGACUGCUCUACUGUUUCCUUUUUACUGUAUCAUCUAUCUCCUGGCACCAGAUUCAAGGAUUGGUCAGCUAUUGCGUAGACCAUUCAUGAAAUUUCUUAUUCACGCUUCAGCCUACCUAUUCUUCCUUUUGAUUCUCAUUUUGGUAUCGCAGAGAGCCGAGGUGGAGGUAUUAAGAUUAUUUGGAAAUGAUCAGACGAGCAGAUUGCUUGAUGAGGAUCUGAUGAAGCAACGUGGUAGUAGUCCAUCGCCAUUGGAAUGUCUUAUCGUGAUAUACGUGGUGGGAUUCAUCUGGCAAGAAACGCGAGAGGUAUACGUUGAUGGGCUACGUGCUUAUCUCCGGGAUCUUUGGAACUUUAUUGACUUCACCAGGAACACCCUCUACGUCGCCACUGCCAUUCUGAGAGUGGCGGCUUACAUGCAGCAAACGGCGGAAAUAGAAGUGGAUCGAUCUGCUGCUCUUAUUCCUAGGGAAAGAUGGGGUGACUUUGAUCCUCAAUUAAUAGCUGAGGGUCUCUUCGCUGCGGCUAAUAUCUUCAGCGCCCUUAAACUUGUUCAUUUAUUCAGCAUAAAUCCACAUCUUGGUCCUCUGCAGAUAUCCCUUGGAAGAAUGAUCAUUGAUAUUGUCAAAUUUUUUUUCAUAUAUACUCUCGUUCUAUUUGCCUUUGCUUGCGGCCUCCAUCAAUUACUUUGGUACUUUGCUGAGCUGGAGAAAAGCAAGUGUUACAGUGGCAUUUCUGAUCCUGAAUGGGAUGCAGCGAGCAAUGCUUGUAUACGUUGGCGAAGGUUCAGUAGCUUAUUUGAAUCUUGUCAAAGUCUGUUUUGGGCCAGUUUUGGUGAAAUUGGAUUAGACACAUUUGAACUGACUGGUAUCAAGUCUUAUACUAGAUUCUGGGGUCUUCUCAUGUUUGGCUCUUAUUCUGUUAUCAAUGUAAUUGUUCUCUUAAAUCUACUGAUUGCCAUGAUGAGUAACAGUUAUGCACUGAUCGAGAAACAUGCGGAUACUGAAUGGAAAUUUGCCAGGACGAAAUUGUGGAUGAGUUACUUUGAAGAAGGUGGUACACUUCCACCCCCAUUUAAUAUAUUUCCAAAGCCAAAAAUGUUUUUGCGGCUUUGUGGAUUUUAUAAAAAGAAUGCUGCCAAACGUUAUAGCAUGCGGAGACGAGCGAGGGAGCACAAACACAGUGCCGUCAUGAGAGCUUUGGUAUGGAGGUAUGUGGUAAAUGCACAUUCCCAGCAUGAAAUGGAAGCAGUUACUGAGGACGACAUUCAUGAAUUGAAAUCUAGCUUGUCGUCCUGGCGUUGUGAACUUCUUGACAUCCUCGAGAAGAAUGGAAUGGACAUUGCUGGGAUCGACACAAAGGAGAAAACAAUUCCUGCAAAGAGGAUGCGGGUUUGGGAGAGGAGGCUGAUGAAAGACUACCAGUUUGCUGGUCCUGUGACUGGAUUAACCGACGAAGAUAAUCAGGAAGAACUGGCACUGCAGCAGCCUCUGGAAGGAGAAGACAAUAUUGCAAGAUGGAAAAGAGUAGCAAGACUGGCAGUGCUUAGAUCAGCAGAAGCACGUUGGGGACAGGUGGUCAAUAGCGUAGUACAAAGCUCUCAAAUUGGUAAGAGCAAUAGUAGAGCCUCGUUGCAAAGUAAGCAAAGUCUAAAGAGAGCCAUGGAGGAGGCGCGUAGACUCACUGACAGGAGUCCUCUGCCUCCUGUCAGUCCAGUUGACCUUCCGCAGAGUACAGCUGCUACUAUUUUGCAUGUCCUUCAUGAUAUUGUGGAGACUAACAAUGUAUCACUUCCUGAUACAUCUAGAUUGUCUGUUACACCGGAACCUCAAGUUUCUCCAAGUCAGUCUAAGCCACCAGCUGCUAUGGGAUAUGAGGAUGAGAAAUAUAAGAGGAGUCCGCAGCCUUUAGUCUCCUUGAAAACAAGUCCUCCUCGUGUGGUAAAAAGAAAAGCACCCAAGAGCAAUCUUCAGAAUUUAUCAUCCUCAAUAGCUGGCACUGCAAAUGGAAGAUUGAAUGGAAUACCAAAUUAUAAUUUCAACUGCUCUAAUAGAAAACCAAUUGGAGAUAACAAUAGUCAACAAUCUAAUAUGUCAAAGAUUACACAGAGUUCGAAUGUAGCAAUGAAUUCUGGAAGUUCCCCUGAAAGCACACACACGAAGCAGUGCUCUAAUGUAUUUGCUUCCGGAACAAGUUCUAUCGUUGAUGGAAAUUUGUUAAGACCCAGAUCCAGAGUGAUGUCAAGUCCCAAUAACUUACCAGAAGUAGCUAUUAUUCCAGUUACACCAGAACUAGGAACUCAAAAGAAAGAUGACAGGCAGAGAUUGGUUAAAAUCGAACCAAAAUCACCUCGGAUAGCUACCAGAAGAUCUCCCAUAAGAUCUCCCAGAAGAGGUGGCGGUUGGUUAUAAGUCUAAAGAAGCAUUUUGAAAUGUUUAAUUCAGAGUUAUAAAGACGUUUUUUGCGUAUACAGGCCUUGAAAUGCUCAGGGUGCUAUUUUGUCUUGUCUUAGCGAAACACAUGAUCUAUAAUUUCUUGAAGGAUCGAUGUCAAGUUAAAAUGAAAUUCAAUUAAUGAAUCAUGUGUAUUUAUUAUUCUCUUCGCUACAAAUACAUUGUUCUCCAUGGA